CUGAAUCCAAUUAGAUGCUCAGCUGUGUCACAAGAUAAAAGAUGGCUUGUCACUGGAGAUGUUGGCCCUGACGCAAUGGUUAACAUUUGGGAUACUUAUACAGGGACACCUAUCCAAACCAUGUUUGAUCCAAACCCAAAAGGAGGUGUCAUUGCCGUAGCCUUGACCCCAGAUUCCAGAUUCUUGGCAACACUCAGUGCUUUACCUCUGCAGACUCUGGCCAUAUGGAACUGGACGGUUGAUGGUGAUGUUCCAAUCUGCUCAGCUGACUUGAAGCCAGAGUAUGGAGUUCAGAGCUUUAUAUAUUUUGACCCAACUGAUAUACAUCAUCUUGUCACCAACAGUGAAUCACAGGUUCUUUUCUUUCAUUGGGAAGAAAGUUAUAUACAAUACUAUGCACCUCCACUUUCGGACAAGGAUUUCAACAAGCCUGUUGGACGAUACAGCCAAUCAUUGUUCCAGAUAGGCAUAGCCAGAGCCCUUACAGCAACAUCACUUGGCAACCUGGUAGUCUGGGAUAACAACAGACCUUUAUCUAAAAUCAUGGAUGUCAAUCAAAGUGCUGACAAGAAGCCACUGAAGAUUAUCAAAGUGCAUGACAAGGGAAUCAAUGUUCUCACUAACACAGAUAAUUUAAUUGUAAUCGGUGAUACUGCUGGGCAUAUCAAGUUCUUUGACCAAGGCCUGCGACUUAUCUACUGGUACCAGCAUCUACACACUGGUCCUUGCACAGCAGUAUCAUUUGCAUACAACCCAGAAUUUUCUCCAGUAGCUCGUGAAGGCAGCGAUUUUCCAUCUGAUGCAACCAAGCAGGCCAAACCAUUUAUUGUUCGAGAUUUUAUUGUUGGAACAGCCAUUGCUGUCUACUGUAGUGUUGUUACAGAUGGAACUAAGCUAAAGGUAAUUCUCAGAGAACAUGAUUCAGCCGUGCAUGCACUGGACUGUCAUCCGAGACUACCUGUUGUUGCCAUUGGAAGCUAUUCAGGUUUACUGAAACUUUGGAAUUAUAGAACUAAAGAAGUCAUUGCUUCCAGAAUGUUUGAGAAGUGCCAUAUUCAGUGUGUGGCCUUUGAUCCAAAGGGAUUUUUAAUUGCUGUGGGUUGUACCAAUGGGGUUGUGUACUUGGUGGACUCUGUGGCACUCUUGAAUCAGAUCAAUGAUGCUUACAAAUAUGCACAUGAUGCCAUCACACAUAUAGCUUUCUCUCACAAUUCCACAUACUUGGCAACAGCAGAUGCAGGUUUUACCAUCACAGUCUACAAGAGACAGCGAAAAGAGGGACGUAAUCCAUAUGUCUGGCAUGGUCGCUACAGAUCUCACUACAAGCCAAUUAAGGAUCUCCUCUUUGAUGUUCACUUGGACACAAAUGAUCCUAAACUGCUGUCCCUGGGAGAGGACAGGAUGCUGAUUGAAUAUGACCUUCAUCAUUUUGGAAAGACUAAUAAUCAUGUGGUGCCGUGUGCAGAAGACAGAAUAGAACAAGGUGCUAUUCCACUGUGCAUGACAAAGUACCCACCAAUUGGCAAGGAACAUUUCUUUCUUACAGCAAAUGAUCAGUUCAAACUCAAAUGUUACAACACCACAACAAAAAUGUGCAGAAAGACAGUGCUUGGUCCUACAUAUGGAUCUCCUAUAAGAAAGAUGAUGAUUGUCCCAACAGUUGAGAAUGAAGGUGAAAAUAGAUUCAUGGCUUACAUCACAGAUGAUAAAGUGGGACUCCAUUUCUUGCCAGCAACUGGCAAUCCUCAUUUGGCAAUGGCACUGAUUGCUCAUCCAACAGGGGUGUCAAAUCUAGCAUGCAGCUUUGAUGGGGCAUAUCUGUUCACAGCCGGUGGUCCAGAUUUUGCAGUGCAUAUGUGGGAGAUAAAUAUUGCAGCUUUAGAAGCACAGUGCAAAUUGGGAGGUGAGGAUCUGGUGCCCUUUUAUGGGCUGUUGGAAGGAGGGCGAGAUGGGGAACUCUUUGCUGAACUCGAGGAUUUAUUUUAUUAUGCUCAACUUAGACAUCAAGGUAUCAGUUCUUUGGAAAAGAGACAAAUCAAAAACAAAGUGCCUAUCAGUGAAGUGCCCUUUAUUAUGAGAGCCAUGGGAUUCUACCCUUCCGAGCAAGAAAUUCAGGACAUGCUGAAUGAAAUCAAAUAUGAUGAAUAUGUGAAUCUUGGCCACUAUCAGCAGGAUAUUGAUCUUGGUCGUUUCAUCAAACUGUAUGUGAACCACAGACCAGCAUUUGGAUUGUCUCCCGACAAGUUACUAUGGGCAUUCCAAACAUUAUCGGAGUCUCCAGAUGCGGGCAAAGGAGGGCUUAUUGAGAGAGGAGAUUUCCUGAACAUGCUGCAGAAAAAUGGAGAAGUGAUGACAGAAUCUGAACUGGCAGAGCAUCUGUCAACUCUCCUGGGUUUCAACAACGAAGGAGGAACUUGUGAAGACGAGACUUGGCAGGAACUAGAUUUCGUUGCCGAGAACCUGCCUUUUGACAUUAAUGCCGAGAUACUGGUCAAUGAAAUUCUGGGAUUUUCCAUGACUGUGGAUCCACCAGCAGCUGAAGACACCAAAGAUGUCAUCAAAUCAGGAGCCUCAUAA